GAAUGAGAGUAACAGAAUUAUAUAUUUUAAUGUGUGCUUUUAAUGUUUAGAUAUUCCCAUACAUUCAUGGUAGCUUAUAUUUUCGUGUCUUGGUUCUUGAAGAGCGUUUUGAUUUUACCAUCUGUAACAUUACUUAUGAAGUUGUCUGGCAACCACGCUCCCGCUCCACGGACGACCAGGUGCUCAACUUCCACGACUAUGAGAGUCAUCAACUUUGCAUCAUGUCAGGUGGAGAUCAGAUUCAUUCCAGCACGGAAGAACCUUGUCCCGAUUUUCCAAGAGUGUAUAGGGCUGUUGCGGCAGCUAGAAGACAGCUUUUCACGGGCAGCCCAUCCACAAGCACAGGAUCAACUCUGUUGUCUUCCGUUCGGAGCUCAUUCUGCCGACGGAUCCGCAGCAAUUCCAUGACUCCAGGCGAAAGACGUGGACGUGGGAGAAAGCCUGGGCUUAAAUGGCAGGUGAAGUUUUUCUUGUUACAAGAUCCUAACCAAACCACCGUACCCAAUUCACUGGAUUCAAAGCAGCUUGACAAAUCAGGCUUAGCAAACGAUGACUUGGGUGAUGAGAUGAAGACCAUUGAUUUGUCAUGGUCCCUGACUGAGCUGAACACAUUCAUUUGCCAAAGUUUUGCGAGCCUUAAUGUGACCGGUUUUCGUCUUGCCAGAGCUACAAAGAGAAAGAAACUACUGGUUGCCCAAGCAAACUCUGUCAAAGACUUGAAGCGUCAAAUUGGCAGAAGCAGAAUUUACAUACUACCCAAUUCACACUUACCUCUGUAUAGACAGGCUGCAGCAUCCCUGAGUCAGAGCGGUGAAGGAAGAUCCAGUGCUAGUUCAGCAGCUGAGACAAGAAACAGUCCAGUACUUCCACAGUUGUGCCAGGUCUCUCCCAGUGUACAUUCUGAAACGGCCACAAGUGCAUCAGCGUCAGUAGAAAGUAAUGUUGUAGACCUGACAGGCCAGGUGGAUGAAAAUAAUGGCCACAUAUAUGUAAAUGCUGGCACUCCUGAGGUGUUCUACAGAACUGAUCAGCCAAUUCAAGAUGUAACAACUUCCCAGAACAGCAGAACUGACCAGGCCUCUCUUUCUGAAAAUACACUGGAAGACACACUAAUGCACUGUCCCCUGACAAGUUCUCCUGUGAAUACCAGACAUGACAGAUACGGGGGAGUUUGCCAGCAGCAGCAGGAGGAGUGUCUCAUAGCCAGUUCACAACAAUCAGUGACAUAUUACCUGACAGUGAACCAGAUGAGGACACCCAGAUGUUGUCCUCUCCAAAACGCCCCUAUAGUCCCUGAAAUGGAAAACCUUGCUGAUAUCAUUAGAGACUUUAAGAGGGAGAACAUCAGUGAGCAUGCUACAUUGACAGUUGUGGCAAGAAGGAGGCGAAUUCUACACAGUGCCAUCACAGCUCUAAACAAGGGCUAUUCUGACUGGCACAAACGUCCACAGAUUGAAUUUGUGGGUGAGAUGGCUGAUGAUUACGGCGGGCCUACAAGAGAAUUCUUCAGGCUUUUAAUGAAGGACUUGCAGUCCACUUUGGGCAUUUUCGAGGGACAGCCAGGCAACCUUUUUUUUUUUUCUUAUGAUCAGGCAGCCCUAGAUAAGGGAAAGUAUUAUACUGGAGGGAAGCUGAUUUGCCUGGUCUCUGUUGCAUGGGGGACCGGGCAUUAAGGCAUUACAUCCCAGCCUUUAUCAGUUAAUGUGUGGUCAGGCUCCAGAUCUUGAAGGAUUUGAUAUUUCCAUCUUGCCAGACAAGUGUGUGCAGGACAAGCUUCAGCAGGUAUUCUGACACUUUGCCAUUUUUUGCUUUGUUGUUUUAAAGUUAGAGCUAAUUUUAAAUUUUACAGAAAUGAACUUUGAGGGGAAAAAAGAACCGUGUAUUACUUUGUUUCUUAUCUUGUACUUUUAAUAUUUUGUUAAACAAUCUAAAACACUGUAUAUUUAAUGUAGCUUUAAUUUCUGUUUUGGUUUCUAUGCCUUGCCUUCUGCUGUAUUCUUAGAUUAAAGAAUGCAAAACUGAGGAGGCAUGGAAAAGUCUUCAGGACAGUUUGGGUGACUGGAUUGCAGACUGUGGUGUGCCAGGGGUAUAUGAAACCAAAGUCCAUGACAUUCCUCAGAUACUUUCCCAAGUUGUGAAGCA